AUGGGGCAGAGGGCAGCCGCUCUCCGGGCAGGGCAGCCGCCCGAGGCGGGCGAGGCCGCCCUCGGGCAUCCUGCCGACGGGCUGCCCGGUCCUGUGCGUGUGAGGGCCCAGGCAGGCGAGUACUCGAAGUUCGUGUUUCUCUCGGGAGCGGGCCUGCUAGAUGUGAACGGCACUUACGAGUUGGCAACGCCGUUUGCCCGUGCAGAGGUGUUCGUCAAGAACUCGAUCGAGUUGGGCAUGAUUUACAUUCGCAUUGGAGUGUUCGGGAGUAGCGAUGUCUUGAAGUUCAGUGUAAAGAGCAGAGAGGUCACCCUGGGGCAAGCCACGCUGGAGCAUAGCAAGAUUUACCCCAAGGGGUUCAUUGGAGAUAUUCCCUUGAAUAUGCCAGGCUGGACCUUGAAGGGGUCGACGCUGAGCCUCUGCAUCACUCCAUCGGACCAGGAGGUUCCCGGUAUUCAUUGCGAAGUCACCAAGGGCGCUGGCAGGGUCGGCCUCGGUGCCCCGCGCUGUGCCCUGGCGCACUGGCUCGACAAGAGGCAGCAAGUCCUUGGCGACAGGGCCUUGGCCAGCGUCCAGGAGGCCAUCGCGGCUGCCAAGUCGCCGACAGCUUACUCUCGCCGCGGCCUCAUGCGGUCACACGUUGCUGCGCACGUACUCCGAGGAUGACGGGCUCACUGGUGCGCUCGGGCGUGGCCGUAGGCAUCUGAGCUGUGCCGCGUUAGUCGCCCGUUCCUCUUCGUUGCCCGUCCGCCGCCCGCCCUUUUCCACCUGCCCUCUUCUUUUCCACGGUUCGGAUUGGCUUUUUCUCCUCGUUCCUCGCUGCCGCUGGUGUCACUACGCCGCGUAGUGAUUGGAGGCGUCUCGCCGCCACGGCUGCACCCGCCUAGAAACGCUCCAGCAUGGGGGGACAUGCCCGACCUGAACCUAAACCAUUGUGGCCACGUUCCGACUGUAUCACCCCCGUUCAUUCGGCCGCCAGCCCGCUGUUUUCCAUUUUGAGUCGCCUCCGCUCCGCUCCGGCUGCUCGGGGCGCCGGCGGCUGCAAGCGUCGGCGUCGGGUGGGCGCCAGGUUUCGGGCUCGGAUUCCUCGAGCGAUUUGAUCUAAGUCGGGGAGCCUAUUCGUGGCCGAGACUCGCCGUGGCCAGAAAAGCUCCUUCGUUUCUUCUUCAGUGCCCCAUUAUGAUAGCACGAUGGGUGUAGGGGUACCAUGCCCCGCCGAGCAGCAGUAUCGCUGGCUGGCGGCGGCAUGAUUUGCCCUGUGGAGGAUGUCACACGCUAGCCGGCCGUCAGAGGUAUUUCCCGUCGGGGGUCUUGCCAAGCUUGUCCCCGCUUGCUCGGCCUUGCCCUCAGCUCAAGCCGUGCGUCAGGAGGGGGAGGGGC